AUGGCGAAAUGUCGAUUUUUUACUUCAAAGAUCGCGUCUUUAGCUAAAUCAGGUCACAUAGCAAGCGCCCGUAAGGUGUUCGACCAAAUGCCUGACCGAGAUACAGUGGCGUGGAACACAAUGUUGACGAGCUAUUCCCAUUCGGGUCUACACCACGAAGCCACAUCGAUUUUCACCCAGUUGAGAUUCUCCGACUCCAAGCCCGAUGAUUACUCGUUCACAGCAAUCUUGAGCGCUUGUGCGAGCCUACGCGACGUUAGAUUCGGAAGACAGAUUCAGUCUCUAAUUACCCGGUCAGGGCACGGAGCUUCGUUUCCGGUUAACAACUCGCUUAUCGACAUGUACGGUAAGUGCUCUGAUACUCUUAGCGCAAACAGAGUGUUUCGAGAAAUGUGCAGUGAUGGUAGAAAUGAAGUAACUUGGUGCUCGCUUUUGUUUGCGUUCGUGAAUGCUCAACAGUUCGAAGCCGCGCUCCAUGUGUUCGACGAAAUGCCGCAAAGGGUCGCGUUUGCUUGGAACACAAUGAUCUCUGGUCAUGCCCAGUGUGGAAAGAUCGAAUCUUGUUUAAACUUGUUCAAAGAGAUGAUGGAGAGUGAGUUCGAGCCGGACUGUUAUACGUUUAGCUCUCUGAUGAAUGCCUCUGCUGAUUCUUCGAAUGUGGUUUAUGGAAGGAUGGUGCAUGCUGUGAUGGUGAAGAACGGGUGGGAAUCUGCGGCGGAGACGAAGAAUUCUGUGUUGAGUUUCUACGCGAGAGUAGGAUGCAGAGAUGAUGCCAUGAGAGAGCUUGAGUCGAUUGAAGUUGUGACUCAGGUGUCAUGGAACUCUGUUAUUGACGCGUGUAUGAAGAUAGGAGAAACAGAGAAAGCUCUUGAGGUGUUUCGUCUAGCUCCUGAGAAGAAUAUUGCUACUUGGACUAGUAUGAUUGCAGGAUAUGGUAGGAAUGGAGAUGGAGAGCAAGCACUGAGAUUUUUCGUUGAAAUGAUGGAAUCUGGUGUGGAUUCUGAUCAUUUUGCAUAUGGUUCUGUUCUUCACGUUUGUUCAAGUUUAGCCAUUUUAGGUCACGGCAAGAUGAUCCAUGGUUGUUUGAUCCAUCGUGGCUUUCAAGGUUAUGCGUAUGUUGGUAACGCCUUGGUUAACUUGUACGCCAAGUGUGGAGAUAUCAACGAGUCAAGCCGUGCGUUUUGUGAUAUAGCUAACAAGGAUUUGGUAUCUUGGAACACGAUGCUUUUCGCGUUUGGCGUUCAUGGGUUAGCAGAUCAAGCUCUGAAGUUGUAUGAAGACAUGACAGCGUCAGGGACGAAACCGGAUAAUGUGACGUUUAUUGGAUUGUUGACAACUUGCAGCCAUUCAGGGUUUGUAAAGGAAGGUUGCGCGAUUUUCGAGUCCAUGGUUAAAGAUUAUGGGAUUCCAUUGGAAGUAGAUCAUGUAACAUGUAUGAUAGAUUUGUUUGGGAGAAGUGGGCAUUUAGCAGAAGCAAAGGACUUGGCUACAACUUAUAGUUCACUUGUCACUGACGCUAGUGAUGGUAAUAGUUCAUGGGAAGCUCUGUUGGGAGCUUGUUCUACACAUAGGCACACAGAAUUAGGUAGAGAAGUUGGGAAAGUUCUGAAAGGAGUAGAAGCAAGUGAAGAGAUGAGUUUUGUUCUGUUAUCGAACUUGUAUUGCUCGAGUGGUCGGUGGAAGGAAGCAGAGGAUGUGAGGAGAGAAAUGGUUGAGAGAGGCAUCAAGAAAACACCGGGAUGUAGCUGGAUCGAAGUAGGGAACAAGGUCUCAGCUUUUGUAGUUGGUGACUGUUCACACAAACGCUUUGAGGAGCUUUCGGAAACUUUAAUCUGCCUUCAACAUGAAAUGAGAAACACAGAGAUGUUUUGA